AUGUCGACCACCAACAGCACGAGGGCUCCCACUUUGCCGCUAAGCCCUCGCAUUACUCUAGCGUUUUUAAUGGGCUUACUAGCUUUUGCUAUAAUGCUGGGAAAUGCUGUGGUCAUUCUAGCUUUCGUGGUGGACAAAAAGCUUAGACAUCGAAGUAAUUACUUUUUCCUUAACUUGGCCAUUGCUGACUUCUUUGUUGGUAUGGUCUCCAUCCCUUUGUACAUCCCUCACUUGCUAUUUGAUUGGGACUUUGGAAAUGGACUCUGUGCAUUUUGGCUCAUUGUUGACUAUCUUUUGUGUACAGCGUCUGUGUAUAACAUUGUUCUCAUCAGCUAUGAUCGAUACCAGUCAGUCUCGAAUGCUGUAUCUUACAGAGCUCGACACACCGGGAUCUUGAAGAUCGUGGCUCAGAUGGUGGCUGUCUGGGUACUGGCCUUCUUAGUGCAUGGGCCAAUAAUUCUAAUUUCAGAGUCUUGGAAGAAUUCCAGUUGGAGAGUCUUGGAGGAGAAGAAGGCUUGUGAACCUGGAUUCUUUACCAUAUGGUACAUCCUCGCCAUCUCGUCUUUCUUGGAAUUCCUGGUCCCAGUCUUCACAGUGGCCUAUUUCAACAUGUACAUUUACUGGAGCCUGUGGAAGCGUGGCAAUCUCAGCCGGUGGCAAAGCCAGCCCACACUCCCUUCUCCUGUGUCUCCCAGUAACUGUGGAUCCUCACUCAGGGGUGGACUGUUUUCAAGAACAUCUCUUCCUGAACUGAAGGAAACAGUACCAUCUACUCCUUUGAAAAGACAUGAAAGAAAGAGCAGUCUCUUGUUCUCUUUAAGAGCCCAGAUGAAUGGCAGUAUAAUUGCUUCCAAAAUGGCUUCCCUCACCCAUUCUGAUUCCCUAUGUUUUCACCAAAGGGAACAUAUUGAACUGCUCAGAGCCAGGAAAUUAGCCAAGUCACUGGCCAUUCUCUUAGGUGUUUUUGCCUUUUGCUGGGCUCCCUAUUCCCUGUUCACAAUCAUUCGUUCAGUUUACCCACUAGACCAGCGUCCUCAAAUAGUUGGGUAUGAAAUCACGUUUUGGCUUCAAUGGCUCAAUUCCUUUGUCAAUCCUUUUCUGUAUCCAUUGUGUCACAAGCAUUUCCAGAAGGCUUUCUCGAAAAUAUUUUGUAUGAGAAAGCAAUCCAUAUCAUCACAAAAUCGGUCAGUGUCCUCUUAG